AUGCAUGUGUCCGCGUCCGGUCGCUGCGUCGCCCUCAUCGACAUGGAUUUCUUCUACUGCGCUUGCGAGCGGGCGCUCGACCCGUCGCUCCUCGGUCUCCCGAUGGCCGUGGUGCAGUACAACCCGUACGAGAACUCCAAGAGCUCGGGCGGCGGCGAGAACAUCGGCGGCGUCGUCUCGCUGCCGGCGCAGCCCGCGGCGGCGCGCGUCGCUGUGCGUGACGGCCGCGUGCUGCUUCCGGCGGCGCAGAACGGGAGCAUCAUCGCAGUCUCGUACGAGGCCCGUGAGCGCGGUGUCACUCGCUUCUUCCGCGGGCGUGAGGCGGUCGCAAAGUGCCCGGAGUUGGUGCUGGUGCAGGUGCCGACCUCGCACGGCAAGUCGGACAUGGGCGUCUACCGCGACUUUGGCGCCAAGGCACUCGCGCUCAUCCACCGCACCUGCGGCGAGGGGGCGCUCACCGAGAAGGCGAGAGAGUCACACACCGAUGGAGGAGGCGAGACGGCGGCGUCGGUCGACGAGAUGUACGUCGACCUGACGAGGCCAGCAAGGGCGCUGCUCGGCGCCACCUCGUACGCCGACGUGCUCUCCGAGGCGGCGGCGGCGGGCACGCACGUCGCGGGCGCCGAGGAGGCGGAGGCGGAGGCGGAGAAGGGGGCGCAGCCGACCGGCAUGCUCGCGCGGAACUCCUUUCGGGCGGGGCAUGCGGGGCAGGUGGUGCGGCGGAUCGGCGAGGCGAGCGCCGCGUGGUGGCAGAGGACACCGGACGAGUGGGAUGAGGGCGAGAUCCAGCUGGCCGCCGGCGCCGUGAUCGUCGCACGCGCGCGCGCGGCGGUGUCCGCCGAGCUGGGCUUCACCUGCUCUGCGGGGAUCGCUGCGAACAAGCUGCUCGCCAAGCUCUGCGGCGGGCUGCACAAGCCGAACCAGCAGACGCUGUUGCCGCGCGGCGCCGUCCACGCGCUGCUCGACCCUCUCCCCAUCGACCGUCUGCGCGGGUUUGGCGGGAAGCUGGGCGCCAUUCUGCGGGAGGGCCGCCCAGACCUCGGCCUGCCCGGCUACGCGACAGCGGGGGAGCUGCGCUCCGGCGGCGGCGCGGCGGCGGCACGGCUGUUGCGUGGGGAGUGGUCGCACCCAGGAGAGGAGGCGGCGCGGGCAGUGCGCAUGGCGAGCGGGUGCGACGACGAUGCGGUGAGGGAGAGACCCCUCGCUAAGCAGGUCGGCGCGUGCAAGAACUUUUCUGGCGCGCGCGGCUCCGUGCGCGGCCCGAUCGACUCGAGGGCGGGCUUGGCGGAGUGGGCGUCGCAGCUGGCAGAGGACAUUGCGGCGCGGCUCGCGCAACAGAGAGAGGAGCACGGCCGCAUCGCCACCACCCUCGUGGCGCACGUCUCGCUCGAUGGCCAGGCUGGUCGUUCCCGCCGCAGCCAGCUCCGCGACCCGUCGGCGUGUGGAAUCGCGCGGCAAGGCGUCGAGCUGCUCGGACCCCUCCUCGAGCUGCGCCCGCCCACGCGGCUCGGCAUCACCAACUUUGGCUUCUCGGCGGACAGCUUCGAAAAGGAGGCGCACCCCAAAGAGCGAGGCUCGCUGCAGCGGCUCUUCUCCGCGGCCGCAGCCGCCGCCCCGACCCAGCCGCGCACGGCAGCGGGCGGCGCCAGCGGGAGGGGGAGGGGUCGCGGCAGCGUCGGCGGGGCGAGCAGCAAGGGCGCCGGCAGGAGCAGAGGCGGAGUCGGAAGCGGAGGGCCGAGCGGCGGAGGCUUGCCAGCGUACUUCACCAAGGCUUCUGUCGCAAAGAGCUGCAUGCCACCGAAAGCGCUGUCGAGGUUCGCCGAGCGCGGCGCAGGUUGAGGGAAGCCGCCACCGACGAGCGCGUUGGACUUUUCACUCCGGACAAAGACGGGCACACAGCGGACGGUGCGGGGCGUGUGCCCG